AUGGAACCUGCAGAUGGACCCAAUGUGGUCGUCGAACAGCAGGAAGAAGUGAACAUUGGCGACGACCAAAGCGAAAAUUUCGGACACGAAGCAGAAGAUGAUGACGACAACCCGAAUGAUGGCCAUGGGGACAACAAUGGCGACGCGGACGAAAACUUUCGACAAGAGUAUGGUAUAUUGGAUUCCGUGAUUGAUGGAUGCAAACACAUGAGGAGAAUGGUGGAAUUGUUUCCACUGCAUCUGCUUUCCUUUAGCUUCAGCUACAACGAAGGCACCUAUGUACUCAUCCAGGAUGUACCCGAGCUGGACACCACCCAGCUGGAUACCCCAGAAAAUGUCAAUUCAUUCAUGGCAGCUACAUACUAUUUGCACACAACAUACUCUCCUGAUAUGGCAUCCAUUCGCAGGGGAAUCAUUGUACUUGCCGAAUGUGAUGGCAUGGACUGGACCAAGAAGCCCGAUUUCAAGCUAAUUCACAAUGUGUUCUCCCAGUUGCUGUCUUGUUACCCAUUCACUGGUGAAUGCCGCUUGUUUCAUACGGGGGUUGCCUUCAAUGUGCUUGCAGCGAUGCUGCGUCGGUUCCUACCGAAAGACCUGAGGCGUCAGUUCCAAACUGGUUUUGUGUUUGAAGGCCGCCUGGACACAUUCUACUUGACGCCGGAUGUUCAAACAGCAAACCGACGUCUACUUGCACGGCUGGAAGAAGCACUGACAAGGCGCUUUGAAAAUGAGAGAGUUUUCAGACUCUAA